AUGGAGAACGAAACUGUAGAGAACGGAGUUUGUUCAACGGAAGCGGUAAAUGGAAGCUGUGAUGUCUGGAGUCGUAAAAAUUCUGAUUCUGCUUCUGCUGAUCAUCUUGUCAUAAUGGUUCACGGUAUCCUUGGAAGUAACACAGAUUGGAAGUUUGGAGCAGAGCAGUUUGUUAAAACUUUACCUGAUAAAGUAUUUGUUCAUUGUAGUGAAAAAAAUAUGUUUAGGCUGACACUUGAUGGUGUUGACGUGAUGGGCGAGCGGUUGGCUGAAGAGGUACUUGAAGUGAUUCAAAGAAAGCCGAAUUUGCGGAAGAUUUCAUUUGUUGCACAUUCUGUGGGAGGAUUAGUGGCGAGAUAUGCUAUUGGGAGAUUGUAUAGACCACCCAAGAAAGAGAAUGCAGAAGAUUCAACUGAUGGUACAAGCGAGGAUGACUUAAAGGCUACAAUAGGUGGCUUGGAGCCUAUGAACUUUGUCACCGUUGCUACACCUCACCUUGGUUCAAGGGGGAAUAAGCAGGUUCCAUUUCUUUUUGGUGUACCUGCCUUUGAGAAAGCUGCUAGCCUCUUGAUUCAUUGGAUAUUUAAGAGAACAGGUCGACACCUUUUUCUUAAUGAUGACGAUGAGGGCAAACCUCCAUUGCUUAAAUGCAUGAUAGAAGAUUAUGGUGAUUGUUAUUUCAUGUCGGCAUUGCGUCUGUUCAAACGUCGGGUGGCAUAUUCAAAUGUGGGCUAUGACCAUAUUGUGGGCUGGAGAACAUCGUCCAUCAGGCGUAAUAAUGAAUUGCCAAAGUGGGAGGAUUGUAUUAAUAAGGAAUAUCCACAUAUUGUAUACGAAGAACGCUGCAAGGCCUGUGAUGCUGAGCAGUCUGAGCUUAUUUCAACAGAAGAUAGUUUCGACAAGCUAGAAGAGGAACUAGUGACUGGUCUAUCCCGUGUGUCGUGGGAAAAAGUAGACGUUAGCUUCCACUCCAGCAGACAGAGGUUUGCUGCUCAUAGUGUAAUUCAGGUUAAAGAUCAGAUCAUGCAUAUAGAAGGUGCAGAUGUGAUACAACAUAUGAUUGAUCAUUUUCUUCUCUAA